AUGGUGCGGCAGGGGCUCAUUGUCGUGGACGUGAUGGGGCAGUCGCUCUACGAGUACACCCACCCCUGCGACCACGAGGAGGUGCGCGACCUGGUGUCCGCCAAGGGCCCGCAGGAGCCCCGCCACGCCUUCCUCAGGCUCAAGUGCACGCUCACGGCCAAGGGGCGCAGCGUCAACCUGAAGAGCGCGUCCUAUAAGGUGGUGCAGGUGAGCGGCGAGGUGGUGCACCACGAGGAGGACCAGGCGUGGCUGGUGGCCCUAGGGACGCCCGUGCCCCACCCCUCCAACAUCGAGUUCCCGCUGGACAAGCAGACCUUCGUCAGCAAGCACUCCCUGGACAUGAAGUUUACCUACGUGGAUGACAACGUCGGAGAAUUCUGCGGCUACGGACCCAAGGAGCUGGUGGGGCGUUCCCUCUACGAGAUGCACCACGCCCUCGACUCCGAGCUGGUCAAGGAGGCCUACAAGACACGUGAGUAGGCCG